GCUGUUGCAUAUAGAUGAGUCGACAGCCGGUCUGAGCUGACCCAUAGACAUAAAACCCAACAAGGUCCCAAGUACCCUUACCAGGGUUGCCCAAACUCCGGAUCAGGGUGCAAGGACUCAAACACAUCAAGGACCUGCCUGCUUCCUGGGGCACCAAGACAAUGGAGUUUUGUCUCCUUGUUUGCUCUGGCCAUCUACGAGCCCUAAUCGAUUACCUUGGGAAACUGGCUCUGUGAAAGGCCCAGGAGGGCUGUGUUGUCACGUACCAGGGAGCAGCAAAGCAGGAAUCCAAGCCUGACUCCAACUCGUGUUUCAAGGCAAAGACUGCGGGGAGCCUACACGUGCUCUGCAGGUUCCUUUCCUGCUGGGCCUUCCUCCAGACCUCGGAUCCUGACACACAGCCGGGCCAAUUCCAGGACCACUGGCUGGAGUCCCAGCCCAGGGCUCUUGUUGGCUGCACCAAGGUUCACUGACACAGGAAGCUUUAAGAAUCACCUCCUGUGCCUCCCUAGAGGCAAGCGACUCCAUUUCCAUAUUGGCUUCCAAACAAACAAGCCGCUGGACCCUUCAGGCUGCAAGAGAGUCGGAUGGGCGUUUGCUGGGGAGGAGCCGCUCAGGCAAAGCUCUGAGAGCCCAUCUGUCCUGUUCAGGUUCCCAGACACCAAGUGCCACCUGAGGGAGUGGCGUCAAGCCGAUCAGGGCGUUGACAGAAAGGAUGUUCAAGCAUCUUCGCAAAUGGCUUGUCACUCACUUUUCUCGGUGUUCUCGGCAGAGAACGAGGCUGGUCUCCAAAGAUGGGCGAUGCAAUAUAGAAUUUGGCAAUGUGGACGCACAGUCCAGGCUUAUAUUUUUUGUGGACAUCUGGACCACCGUGCUUGACCUCAAAUGGAGAUACAAAAUGACCAUUUUCAUCUCAGCCUUCCUGGGGAGUUGGUUCCUCUUUGGUCUCCUGUGGUAUGUGGUGGCCUAUGUUCACCAAGAUCUCCCAGAAUUCCAUCCUUCUGACAACCACACCCCGUGUGUGGAGAACAUAAAUGGCAUGACCUCAGCUUUUCUAUUUUCUCUUGAAACUCAAGUGACCAUUGGAUAUGGAUUCAGGUGUGUGACAGAACAAUGUGCCACUGCCAUUUUUCUACUAAUAUUCCAGUCCAUUCUUGGCGUUAUUGUCAAUUCUUUUAUGUGUGGUGCCAUUUUAGCCAAAAUCUCCAGGCCCAAGAAACGUGCCAAGACCAUUACAUUCAGCAAGAAUGCAGUGAUCAGUAAGCGGGCUGGGAAGCUCUGCCUCCUAAUCCGGGUGGCUAAUCUUAGGAAGAGCCUCCUUAUUGGAGGUCACAUCUAUGGGAAGCUUCUGAAGACUACAGUCACUCCUGAAGGGGAAACCAUUAUUUUGGAUCAGACCAAUAUCAACUUCAUAGUUGAUGCUGGCAAUGAAAAUCUAUUCUUCAUCUCCCCACUGACGAUUUACCACGUCAUUGACCACAACAGUCCCUUCUUCCACAUGGCAGCAGAGACCCUUUCCCAGCAGGACUUUGAGUUGGUGGUAUUUUUAGAUGGCACGGUGGAGUCAACCAGUGCUACCUGCCAAGUCCGCACAUCUUAUGUCCCAGAGGAGGUGCUUUGGGGCUACCGUUUUGUUCCCAUAGUUUCCAAGACCAAGGAAGGGAAAUACCGAGUGGACUUCCAUAACUUUAGUAAGACAAUAGAAGUGGAGACCCCACACUGUGCCAUGUGUCUUUAUAAUGAGAAAGAUGCUAGAGCCAGGAUAAAACUAGGCUAUGACAACCCCAACUUUAACUUGUCAGAAGUCAGUGAAACAGAUGACACCCAAAUGUAGCAGCGGUUUCACCACGAAGCCAAAAGAUACUUUUUCUAGGUAUCUACCGCCUUCAGCAUUAUGAAGCGAUCAACAGUUUGGGCUACAAAUGCAAGAGCCUUCAAAGUACACCAGCACAGUGGCCUCUAAACCCUGCAACUGUGGUCCUACAAGAUACAUGAUUCUUCAAGACUAUUAUGUGAGCGCUGAUGGUACAGUCAUACGAAACCACACCUGAAAGCCACAGGACUUCACUUGGGGUUUUGAAUAUAAUUAUUUUAGGUCAUUCACUGUUGAUGGGAAGAGAUGAAAUCAUGAAGAGCCUCAUGGACAGGCCAAAGAAAAUAGGUAUGUGUAAAAGUUUCCUUGAAAAAG